AUGACGGCUUUCCGUAGCUCCGAUGGUGAACGGACUUUUGAACCUAAAGUUUUAAAAUCAGAGGCUAUUGCUUUCUUUCAAAAGUUGUAUGGUGAGGUUCCUAGUCUUAUGAGGAGUUUACCUACAAGUGGUUUUUCACAACUUGAGGCUAAAUAUAUUAAAUUUCCUAGAAGACCUGUAUCAAAUGAGGAGAUUGAGUGCACUCUUUUUGGCAUGGACCCUCUUAAGGCACUAGGCAGCGAUAGUCUUCAUGCCUUAUUCCUUCAGAGACAGUGGGAAACCAUUGGAAAGGAAAUCUAUGAAUGGAUAAGGAAACACAAGGUUAAUGCACGGAAAACUAAUGGUUUCUUUUCUACAAGAGUUAAGAAGGAUUUAGUGGAGGAGAUUGCAGACAUACUCAAUUUCCAACAUGUCUAUGAUCUUGGACAUUAUUUGGGAGUUCUUCUUCUACACCAAAGGACCAUUGCGGAAAGUGUGCCUAAAAAUAGUUAUCUGACAUUUCACCCAAGGUUUCAAGGAGAAAACUUGGAGAGGAAGAAGAAAUUGUAUUUUCAAAUAGAGAAGUUGGCUCAAAAGCAUGGAUGUACUCCUUCACAACUAGCACUUUCUUGGGUUCUUCAUCAACGGGAUGAUGUAGCACCUAUUCCUGGUGAGUGA